AUGAGCUACGGUGUCUUCCAGGAAUAUUACUUUGACAACUGGACAUUUGAAGGAGACCGCAACAUUACGGGUGUAAUCGGCACGACCGCUAAUGGUGUCAUGUACCUCUCCAUGCCCUUCCUCUUCGCGCUAUUCACCAGGCGAUGGGCUCAUCGACGCCAAGUUGCCGCUCUUUGUGGCACAGUGAUUGCAUGCGUCAGUUUCUUUCUUUCCUCUUACAGCACCACUGUCUGGCACUUGCUCGCAACUCAGGGCAUUACAUCUGCGUUGGGGUGUGCUCUCAUCUAUAGUCCAACCACGCUCUCGCUCGGCGAGUGGUAUACUACCAGCAACCGUGCUUUAGCAUAUGGGAUCGUUCUGUCUUGCAAGAACAUCGUUGGGACCAGUUGCCCAUUCAUGCUUCGAUCUUUGAUCGAUGCCUACGGCUAUCGGACCACUCUGAAAGCCUGGACCGCGAUUGUGGGUGGACUAAGUAUCUUUGCUAUCUUCUUGAUACCCACCCACCCUUCGAAAGCCUCAAUCCACCAAACUCGAGCACGCAAAAUCCCCUGGCAUUUCCUCAGACACCGAUCGAUCUACUUCUACAGCAUCGCCAUUAUCUUCCAAAGCUCUGGCUAUGGUAUCCCGCAGACCUAUCUGAGCACCUACGCCAGAGACAUCGCCUUGUUGUCUCAGACCUCAGGCACCCUGAUGCUGGCACUCUUCAAUGCGCCUGGCAUUAUUGCUUCCUCCUUCUUUGGGUGGCUGAGCGACAAUAAGCGAAUAACUCUUUCAGUCCAGACUAUAGCCGCAAUUCCACCUAUUUGCUCCGCCCUUGCCGCUUUCUUCUUCUGGGGAUUGACCACGCAGGGCGCCAUUGGCCUCCUCACUGUCUUCUCCAUGACGUUUGGCUUCUUCUCCGGUGGAUACAGCGCUACCUGGGGAGGGAUGCUCAAACAGAUGGAGCGCGAGUCUGUCGAGAGGAAUGAGGCCAUUGACCCUGGAAUGCUCUACGGUCUGCUAAAUGGUGUCAGAGGGAUUGGAUAUGUAAGUGGCGGGAUUGCUGGUGUAGGACUACUAAACGCUGGAACUAUAUUGGCCAGUCAGCGCUUUGCGUAUGGGACCUCUUACGGGCCUCUUAUUCUCUUUACAGCACUUUCUUCGCUCCUCGGAGGCUGGGUCGUUCUGUGGAGAUGGAAUCCGAAGAGACUCUUGCCAUUACUAUCGAGAGGGUAA